GGGGGUGGGGAGUGUUGUUAACCGGAGCGGCAGCCGCAGUCGCGCGGAUUGAGCGGGCUCGCGGCGCUGGGUUCCUGGUGAGUGGGGCGAAGUCUGGCCCGAGUUGUGGUUGGGGUCAGGACCCGAACCUUCCCCUUGAGGUCUCCGGAGUCGGCGAGCCCCUCAGCCCCGCCGCCCGCUUUCGGCCUGUCAGCUGGCCGGAGACCUCAGACGCCGGUGCGGCCGCUCUGCUCAAGCCUGGGCCCUGCCUGCGACGCCCGCAACUCCUGGUGCUCACAGGUCUCCGGGCCAGGGCAAUGUUCCGCACGGCAGUGAUGAUGGCGGCCAGCCUGGCGCUGACCGGGGCUGUGGUGGCUCACGCCUACUACCUCAAACACCAGUUCUACCCCACUGUGGUGUACCUGACCAAGUCCAGCCCCAGCAUGGCAGUCCUGUACAUCCAGGCCUUUGUCCUUGUCUUCCUUCUGGGCAAGGUGAUGGGCAAGGUGUUCUUUGGGCAACUGAGGGCAGCAGAGAUGGAGCACCUUCUGGAACGUUCUUGGUACGCCGUCACAGAGACUUGUCUGGCCUUCACCGUUUUUCGAGAUGACUUCAGCCCCCGCUUUGUUGCACUCUUCACUCUUCUUCUCUUCCUCAAAUGUUUCCACUGGCUGGCUGAGGACCGUGUGGACUUUAUGGAACGCAGCCCCAACAUCUCCUGGCUCUUUCACUGCCGCAUUGUCUCUCUUAUGUUCCUCCUGGGCAUCCUGGACUUCCUCUUCGUCAGCCACGCCUAUCACAGCAUCCUGACCCGUGGGGCUUCUGUGCAGCUGGUGUUUGGUUUUGAGUAUGCCAUCCUGAUGACGAUGGUGCUCACCAUCUUCAUCAAGUAUGUGCUGCACUCCGUGGACCUCCAGAGUGAGAACCCCUGGGACAACAAGGCUGUGUACAUGCUCUACACAGAGCUGUUUACAGGCUUCAUCAAGGUUCUGCUGUACAUGGCCUUCAUGACAAUCAUGAUCAAGGUGCACACCUUCCCACUCUUCGCCAUCCGGCCCAUGUACCUGGCCAUGAGACAGUUCAAGAAAGCUGUGACAGAUGCCAUCAUGUCUCGCCGAGCCAUCCGCAACAUGAACACCCUGUAUCCAGAUGCCACCCCAGAGGAGCUCCAGGCAAUGGACAAUGUCUGCAUCAUCUGCCGAGAAGAGAUGGUGACUGGUGCCAAGAGACUGCCCUGCAACCACAUUUUCCAUACCAGCUGCCUGCGCUCCUGGUUCCAGCGGCAGCAGACCUGCCCCACCUGCCGUAUGGAUGUCCUUCGUGCAUCACUGCCAGCCCAGUCACCACCACCCCCGGAGCCUGCGGAUCAGGGGCCACCCCCUGCCCCCCACCCACCACCACUCUUGCCUCAGCCCCCCAACUUCCCCCAGGGCCUCCUGCCUCCUUUUCCUCCAGGCAUGUUCCCACUGUGGCCCCCCAUGGGCCCCUUUCCACCUGUCCCACCUCCCCCCAGCUCAGGAGAGGCUGUGGCCCCUCCUUCCACCAGUGCAGCAGCCCUUUCUCGGCCCAGUGGAGCAGCUACAACCACAGCUGCUGGCACCAGUGCUGCUGCUGCUUCUGCCACAGCAUCUGGCCCAGGCUCUGGCUCUGCCCCAGAGGCUGGCCCUGCCCCUGGUUUCCCCUUCCCUCCUCCCUGGAUGGGUAUGCCCCUGCCUCCGCCCUUUGCCUUCCCCCCAAUGCCUGUGCCACCUGCGGGCUUUGCGGGGCUGACCCCAGAGGAGCUACGAGCUCUGGAGGGCCAUGAGCGGCAGCACCUGGAGGCCCGGCUGCAGAGCCUGCGUAACAUCCACACACUGCUGGACGCCGCCAUGCUGCAGAUCAACCAGUACCUCACCGUGCUGGCCUCCUUGGGGCACUGGGGCCACAAGGGCACAUCAUUCUAUACUCUGUUCUGCAAGGCUCACCAAGGGCAGGACAAUCUGCCCAACCUAGGAUGCCAAGGCCAGGCCCGCCUCUCGUCCCUUCUCUUCCCAGGCCCCCCCGGCCUGCCACUUCAGUCAGCUCCGCUGAGGAGACUGCCACUACAGUUGUUGCUGCUGCCUCCUCCACCAGCAUCCCUAGCUCAGAGGCCACGACCCCAACCCCAGGAGCCUCCCCACCAGCCCCUGAAACGGAAAGGCCUCCAGCUCCUGAGUCAGUGGGCACAGAGGAGAUGCCCGAGGAUGGAGAGCCUGAUGCAGCAGAGCUCCGCCGGCGCCGCCUGCAGAAGCUGGAGUCUCCUGUUGCCCACUGACACUGCCCCAGCCCAGCCCCAACCCCUGCUCUUUUGAGCAGCCCUCGCUGGAACAUGUCCUGCCACCAAGUGCCAGCUCCCUCUCUGUCUGCACCAGGGAGUAGUACCCCCAGCUCUGAGAAAGAGGCAGCAUCCCCUAGGCCAAGUGGAAAGAGGCUGGGGUUCCCAUUUGUCUCCAGUCCCAGGCAGCCAUGGGGAUCUCGGGUCAGUUCCAGCCUUCCUUUCCAACUCUUCAGCCCUGUGUUCUGCUGGGGCCGUGAAGGCAGAAGGUUCAGCCUCUGAGAAGCCCUCUUCUUCCCCCACCCCUUUCCGGGAGAAGGGGCAGCCCCUCCAAGCCCUACUUGUAUGUGCGGAGUCACAUUGCAGAGUGCCGAACAGUAUUAGCUCCCGUUCCCAAGUGUGGACUCCAGAGGGGCUGGAGGCAAGCUAUGAACUUGCUCCCUGGCCCACCCCUGAGACUGGUACCCAUUUCCUUUUCUUACCCUGAUAUCCCCAGAAGCCUCGCGUGGUGGUGGCUGUGCCCCCUAUGCCCUGUGGCAUUUCUGCGUCUUACUGGCAACCACACAACUCAGGGAAAGGAAUGCCUGGGAGUGGGGGUGCAGGCGGGCAGCACCGAGGGACCCUGCCCCGCCCCUCCCCCCAGGCCCCUUUCCCCUGCAGCUUCUCAAGUGAGACUGACCUGGCUCACCCAGCAGCCACUGCCCAGCCGCACUCCAGGCAAGGGCCAGUGCGCCUGCUCCUGACCACUGCAAUCCCAGCACCCAAGGAAGGCCACUUCUCAACUGACAGAACUUCCGAAGUUUAGAAUUGGAAUUACUUCCUUACUAGUGUCUUUUGGCUUAAAUUUUGUCUUUUGAAGUUGAAUGCUUAAUCCCGGGAAAGAGGAACAGAGUGCCAGACUCCUGGUCUUUCCAGUUUAGAAAAGGCUCUGUGCCAAGGAGGGACCACAGGAGCUGGGACCUGCCUGCCCCUGUCUUUUCCCCUUGGUUUUGUGUUACAAGAGUUGUUGGAGACAGUUUCAGAUGAUUAUUUAAUUUGUAAAUAUUGUACAAAUUUUAAUAGCUUAAAUUGUAUAUACAGCCAAAUAAAAACUUGCAUUAACAA